AUGAGAGGCGUCUCGGCUCCCGCAUUCCUCAGCCUUUGGCUGCUGCUUGGGCGGACUACCGCCGACGCCCCGACGCACGCCGUCGCCAACACCUCGGCCUGGGCUUCGGACGGUCCACUGUGCCUCCAAGCCUGCAAGACCAGCCUCUGGCGCGUCCCCUUUGGUGACGUCCCCGACGGGGCGCGGCAGAAAUCCUGCACCAGCCGCCUCGAGCUGCGGUCGACGUUUCUCUGCUUCGGCCUCUACUGCCUGCCCGAGGCCCGCGACCAGGCGCACGCGGAGCUGCACAAGACAUGUCUCGCGCAGGACGGCGUCCACAUUCCGCCGUUGAGCAUCGUCGAUGGGUAUACGCGGGAGCAGAUUGGCGAGAUGGAGCGCGUGCACCAGGACGACUCGUUUGCGCCGGGCGACAAGGUCGAUCAGUUGAUGAUUCCGGCCAGCGCGCUGUUUGCUGCUUGGUACACGACUUUAGAUGCAUAUAAAUACGUCAAAUUCUAUCAUGUUAAUUAUGGCUUUGCGAUUCUGUGGUUCUGGGUCCUGGUCAUCGCCUUCGGCGCCGGCUACCGACUUUUUACGGCUAUUGCGUACAGGCUGAGCCCAAAGAUUCCGCAGACGCGUGCCACCGGUGUGUAUGGCUCUGCGACAAGAUGGCUGCAGAGAAAAGUUCUUUUCCCCGCGACGUUUGGCCAUCGCUGUGCACAAAGCAUCUGGUGGUGCACGAUUCCGCCACGCAUCCAAACCCUCACCUUGGCCGUCUUUGCAUUCAUCAACCUCGUUUUCUGCGUUCACGGCUAUCGCCUGACUGCCGUGAAUCUCUACUUCCCGAGUAUUGAACAGCAGAUUUUCCGCUACGUGUCGGAUCGCACGGGCAUCAUCUCAUACGCCAAUUUCCCCGCCAUAUGGCUGUUCGGUAUGCGCAACAACGUCGCCUUGUGGCUGACAGGCUGGGACUUUGGCACCUAUAACAAUUUCCACCGCUGGGUGGCGCGUAUCUCGACUGUGCAGGCUGUGGUGCACUCCGUCGGCUACACCAUCCUGAUCUUGAGGCACGGAGGCUGGUCGUCUUUUGCGUCGUAUUGGACGAGGUGGUGGUGGUGCGCGGGGGAGAUUGCAACUGUCGUCAUGUGUCUCCUUCUGGCGUGCUCCGUCUACUGGAUGCGCCGACAAAAGUACGAACUGUUCCUCAUCCUGCACAUUGGCAUGUCUGUUGUCAUUCUGGGCACCAUGUUGGGCCACGUGUCCAUCUUCAACGGCACGUAUGAUGGUCCGUUCUGGACUGCCGUCCUUUUUUGGGUCCUGGACAGGGCGCUGCGACUCGGCCGCGUGUUGGCAUUUAAGCCCAAGUCAUGGGCGACAUCGGCCACCGUGACCUACGAUCCAUCUUCCAAUAUUGUACGAUUACGAAUACCAGCGGAAGAAAAGAUAUAUAAAGUCGGUCCGGGGACAUUUUACUAUCUUUCAGUGCUUGAUGUGGCACGCAGCUGGGAGAGCCAUCCGUUUACUGUGGCGACUGUCUGUCGAGGGGACUCCCAAGUCGAGCAGGCUCGAUUACUCGGAGCCACUACCGAGACACUAGACAUGGAAGACACAGAAGGCAAGGCUGCGUCAGAGCCUGCAGUCAUGUCGUUUCUCAUCCGACCAUAUGAUAGCUUCACGGAGCGCCUCAAAGAGCUGGCUGCUACAAAGAAGGAGCCAUCAAAGGUCCGCGUACUGGUGGACGGCCCAUACGGGCACACGAUGCCUCUGGAACGAUUCAGCCAUGUUGUGUUUAUUGUAGGGGGUAGCGGUGUCGUGCUACCUCUGUCCUAUCUCGACCUCUUGACCAAUACGGCUCGGAAUCAGCCAUCACUUGACAUUCACUGGUCUGUGCGCGAAUCAGCCUUUGCGAGAGACGUACUCGUCAAUGACAUGGCCGAGGCACUCGACAAUCAGCGUGUGUCUAUUAAACUAUACGGCCUAUCGCGGGGUCACGAUAAUCUAAGUGGCAUCUCCAGCUGCAUAGAGGAGCACUUUCGCAGGCCGGAUGUGCAUGGCAUCGUGGCGUCUAAGUUGGCCGAGCCAGAUAUCGAGAGUCUGGCGGUGGUGGCGUGUGGCCCAGCAGGCAUGGCAGAUGCUGCGAGAAGAGCGGUGGUGGACGCCCUGGAGCACGCCCCGUUUAGCAUACAUUAUUUCGAGGAGCAUUUCACGUGGUAG